GAGAACACAAGCGUCUGGUGCUCCGAGUGGAGGCUGGCAGCUCCUCCUGCCCUCUCCAUUCCUCGGGGGGCCUUUGGUGGGGGUCUGCUCCAGCCCAACCUGGCCUUUGGGUUUCCUAGCGAUGGGAGUGUGGAGAAGCCCCCGGGCGGAUGCCGGGCCCCCCCCCCCCGACAUUUCUGUGCUCCUCCUGCUCUCUCACUCCUGCCCUUCCCGGAGCCUCCGUGCUCGGCUCACCAGAGGCCGGGCGUGGUGCAGCCCUGUCCGGGGGAGAUGCUUGUCUUCUCCUUCAGGAAGGCCGCAGAGCCGGCGGCAGCUUUCCCGGCAGUCGAGGCUCCCGUGAUCCGGGUUCUGCCGCUUGACGGGGCCCCUGUGCUCGCGCUUGCAGGUGAGAGCGCCGAGAUGCUCCGAGCCCAGGAGGAAUGGGAGGCCGUGGAAGACAUCCAGGCCGGAGCAGGGGGCCGGGGGAGCCUACGCGGGCCCCACCGAUCCGGGAAGCUGAUUUCCUUCAAGGAGGCCCUCGAGCACUUCCAGACCGCCGACCUCUCGGGCUGCAGGAAGAAGAUCCUGCCGGCGGCUCCCCGGAGGGGCCUCUCGGCCUUCUGCAAUUGCCUCUUCGGCCCCCCGCAGCUGCUGGACGGCCUUCAGGAGGAGCGAGACCUGAUCCUGGCCAUCGCCCAGUGCGGCCUCGACCACGAGGACCCCGUGCACAGCCGCGUGCUGCAGACCAUCUACAGGAAGCUCACCGGCUCCAGGUUCGACUGCGCCCUCUACGGAGCCCACUGGGAGGAGCUGGGCUUCCAGG